AUGCAGAGAGACGACAUCGCGACGUCGGUGUGCCAGUGCCACACGCUCGGUGCUGCAGCAGACUUCGCGAGCUUCUACAUGCUGCAGCACGGGCACGGCUCGCUCGCCCACGAGCCGUCGUCCUACCCGGGCACCGCGGACGGUUCUUGGGGCACGUACGGCGGCCACGGCACUGGCGCCGGUGCCGGCGGCGUCGGCGCCGGGACGAGCAUGGGCGCGGGAGAGCUGGAGCAGCAGCAGGCGGCGCGCGACGAGCGGAAGGCGAGGCGGCAGGCGUCGAACCGCGAGUCGGCGCGGCGCGCACGCGCCCGGCGGAGGGGGCAGCUCGACGAGCUGUCGUCGCGCGUGGCCGCGCUCCGUGCCGCGAACGCGCGGCUGGCCGUGGAGCUGAACCGCGUGGCGGCCGCGCGCGCGCGGGAGGCGCGGGAGAACGCGCGGCUCAGCGCGGAGGCAGCCGCCCUGCGGGAGAGGCUCGCGGUCGCCGAGGCCGCUGCCGCUGCGGCGGCGGCGGCGGCGGCGGCUGACAGGGAGGCGUCGGGGAAGGGCGACGCCGGCGAUGAGGCAGCGGCAACGCCAACGGCCGACUAG